AUGACGGUGCCCUCCUUCUACGAUGUCUUGGGUGUGGCAGCAUGCUGCAGCGCUGAAGACAUCCGGCGAGCGUACCAUCAAGCGGCACGCAAAUACCACCCCGAUAAGCGCUUGAAUGAUGUGAAUGCGAGCAAUACCAACGAGCAACAGUUCUUACGCGUGCAGGAGGCCUAUGAGACGCUGGGCAACGAGGAACUGAGGCGGGAGUACGACGCCAAGCUGCAGCAGGACGAGUUGGUGCUCAAGAGAGAGCAGGAGGUGGUUGUCGUGUCUGACGUGGUCCUGGUGGACGAUAUGCAGCGGGAAGUCUUGCCAGGUGAAGACGGCGGCGAGGACGAAGUAAUCUACACACACCAGUGCCGCUGCGGAGACCUAUACGAGAUCACGGAGGGCGAGCUGCAGGAUGGAGUGGAUGUCGUGCCGUGCACCGGAUGCUCGCUUCAUAUUCGCGUAUGCAAGUAA